CUUAGAGACCGAGACGGGGGCGGGGCCACGCCCCGAAGCCGGGGCGGUCUCGAAGGCGGGACUGGGGCUAAAGCUAGGGUUGGGGCUGGCCUGGAAGCUGAGAGAGGCCGCCUAUCCCAGCAUGCCUUGGGCAUCCAAGAUGGCGGCGCCCGGUGAAGGCCGGCGCUUCUCGCCGGCUAGCUUCUUUUCCUUCUUGCCGGGCGGCGCGCGACCCCAAGAAACCAAGGAGCAGGUGGCGUCGGAGACAGCUGGGGCCGACGGGGAUGCCACCUUGCGAAAGCGUCCCUGCCGGGCCUGCGUCGACUUCAAGACGUGGAUGAAGACGCAGAAGGCACUGAAGACAUCGGAGAGCGAUACCCAGGUUGCGUUGGAAAACAAGUUGCCAGCUGAUUGCCCCCUGGAUCGGGAGGAGCUCGGGCGAAACAGUUGGGCUUUCUUACAUACAAUGGCUGCAUAUUAUCCUGACUGCCCUACCUUAGACCAGCAGGAAGAAAUGGCCCAGUUUAUACAUCUGUUUUCCAAGUUUUUCCCAUGUGAUGAGUGUGCUGAAGAUAUAAGGAGAAGGUUGAUCAGAAACCAACCAGACACCAGCAGUCGGAACAGGUUUACCCAGUGGCUCUGCCGCCUACACAACGAGGUGAACUUGAAGCUAGGGAAGCCUGCGUUUGACUGUGCUCGUGUGGAUGAGCGAUGGCGGGAUGGCUGGAAGGACGGCUCUUGUGAUUAGAGUGGCAGGCCCCCAGGGGGAGGAGAGCAUCUACCGGACUGUAUAACAUCCUCCCUCAGGGCAAGAUUAUUAAAGGGCAAUACAGUGAGUGUUCUUGUCAGUGCCUUGGCUGACAAUGUCUGUGAGCUUCAUUGGCUGACAGAUUUCUGAAGAACCUCAUUCCCCAAAUUACUUCUUCCUCUUUGGUUCAAGAAUGAACCAAUCCUUUGUUUCCCCCUCACUCCUGAGUCUAGUCUUUUGCCCAAGGGCCUGCUGGGGUUUGUGAUAACUUCUAAUAGACACAACUUCUUCCCUCAAGGCCUAGCCUUCACCUGUUCCCAUCCCCUGACACCUCCAAUAGGGACCACCACGGGUAUCUAUGGCCUUUUUAGCCCCUUCAUCUCCUAUCCAUGUCUACCACAGAACCUGGGAAUCUCUGAGUUGGGGUGAGUAUGGCUGGCCAGGAACCUUGUCAAAGUCCUCUGCUGCCAGCCUCCGUAAGUGAACUCCCUGGUUGAAGUCACACAGCCUUCCUCGGUCUUCAGUGUACCCACAACACAAGAUGAUCUUAGGAGGAGCACAGAGGCCGGCCUGAGAUACAGCCCAGUGGUGGUUUGCUUUUUUGGAGAGAAGCCUCAGGCAACAAUGUCUCCAUUUUGUGUUUUUUUUUGUUGUUUUUUUUUUUUCCUUAAACCAUUUCAUUUUCAUGUCACAAUUGUCCUAUGUGGUUCUCAUUGCCUACAGAGAGCCUGGCUGUCAUGAAACCAAACAUGAUUUA